AUGGGUCUGGUUGCACCUCCGACCAGAGAGGUUCCCAAACCAGAGGAAGUCAAAGAUUUCACCACGAGGAGACGGCCCUUUCCGAGUCCUAGAGUGGACAUUCUGAGGUCAGAAUCUUCUCAAGAGGGAGGGAAUGAUGUGGAUAUCGACCCAACAGACCAACAAGACAACCCAAAACUCGAAGAGAUCAUACCAAGAUGA